AUCCAAAACUCGCCCGAAAACUUUCAAACUUGCCGGGAAACCAUGAUUUUCAAACGAUUUUGCCCUUCUCGUCAACUUAUGGCGAUCCAAAUCAAAAACCAAUCGUAGACAUUCUCCCCUUGUCAAGGGAGGCCUUCGCCGAGAUUUUGGGGGAAUUUGGAGUUAUUUUUUUCCGGUGAAGUCGCCGUCGGCAAGCCUUCGAUGAGUUUCCAGUGAGCUUUCAGGGACCCUUCUCCGGCCUAUUUUGGCCAGGUUUUGGUCUCCCUCGCCCUCUCCUCACUUCCCCUACCAUCCUACUUGGGUCUCCAGGUUUGUUUUCAACUCUACAUUGGUUAAUUUGGGAGAAUCGGAUUAGGUAGUGAAGUGAGGAAAAUUUAGUGAAUUGAAUGUUGAACUUAGCAAUAAGGCGUGGAAUUAGGUGAAUUGUGGUGAAUAAAUGAUGGAAUGAUGUUUGCAUGAGCUUAUUUGAGCCUUGUUGGGCAUGAUUUAAUUCGAAUUGCUAUUAUUUGUGGAAUUUGCCCACCAAGUGCUAAUUUGUGAAUGAAAGUGCAAUUUUAUGCUUGAGUGGUGGAUGGUAACCACCGUAGCGUGGUUUCGGUUAGGAUUUUUGUGUGGAUAAAUAGUGAAAAACCUAGGAGCAUGUCUCAGUGUGCUCGAGCUUAAUUGUUUUAAGUAGCAUGGACCUAUAGUGGAAAUAUAAGUGGGGGGGGGGGGGGAUUCCGUUUUCUUCCCAAUGAGUUGAGAUUGACAAUUAUUUCCACCUAUGGUGCAUGUUUGAAUUUCUUGCAGGAGAGUCAGCAUGAACCACCCGUACCUGUUGGCGCUGAGAGGGAACCCCACAAUGGAAAGGAAGGUGAGAUUCUGAGCGAGCACUAACUCCGAAGAUCACUGGAAACUCGACUAAACUCAAUUUGACAGUCUUCACUGUGGAGAUAUCAUGAGGGAGGUUGUGGCGCACCCACAGUAGUGCCGACUCCUUGAAAUGGAGGAUGGCAUUUAUGGGGUGUCGAGUUUUUCAUUACCUUCAUCAUCCAUAGGAGCAAGAGCACGUUCGGCCAUCGGCGACGCGAGGUGAUAUUUCACUUGGGAGGGGAAUGGACUCCCUGACUUUUAACGAGCUUGCCCGAUCCUUGGGAGUUGACGAUGGGUAUGAGGCAGAAUGGGAAGAGGACACCAUCAGAGUUUGCAACGUGAAUGCAACUUUUCAAAGAUUUUGCCUGCCGGAGCACCGACGAACACCGUUUCAUUCUGCAAUCACGUUGGCGUCCACACUCAAGCCAUAGUGGCGCAUCAUCAAUGCACUCCUUGCACGUUCCCUCCACCCGAGUAUCACAAUCCGAACAAGAUAACUGAGAGGAUCUUGCUGGCAUUCUUUUGCAUGGUGGACUCGUCUAGGAGUCUUCAUCUUGGUUCAGUCUUGGCCACCUCUUUUGCCACAGCCAUAGGGGGAAAUCGACGAUAUAUCACAUCAAUGGGGCCCUACAUUACCCGUCUCGCUCAUCACUUGAAUGUCAAUCUGGCGGGCUGCACAUCUGAGGGGGCACUCCACGGGGUUCGAAGAGGGAACUUUGCGUUCCAUGCGUUUACUGCGAACAUUUGGAUCAUUUCGGUUCAUUUAGGGACUGCCUCUACCACCAAGGGUCCCUCCUCCAGAGCUCCCAGCCGCCGUCGGCGUCCCGCGCUCCACUGUCCUGCACCACCACCACCACCACCACCAGCAUCAUCAUCAGGUGUUGGUCCUUCCCCUUCCGGGGUGCACCACGUGGAGAGGAUGGACCGCCUUGAGAUCCACGUGGUGGGAGUCACUUCCCGGCUUGACCGGCACACUGUCCUACUAGAGCGGAUAGCUCGUCGACAGGGCCUCCUUCUAGAUGAUGAGUCGGGGCCUUCGACCUAGUGGGAGGUAGCGGACGAGUGAGACAUGUGGCAGAGUUGAUUCCUUUCGCCCCACUUCUCCACUUGGAACUCUGAACUCUUUUAUUUUAUUUUUCUAUCUUUUAUUUGGUAUGUGUGAACAACUACUACUAUAUUACUGUUAUGUGUAAAGCUCGAAUCUCCUACCCCGGAAAAAUUUCAACUUUCACUCACCAAGCCAUGCGGGAACAUCGUCCUACCCCUAUCUUACGCCAUUGAGGGAAAUGUCGAACUUAAGUGUGGGGGUGGGGGGGGGGGGGGGGGGGGUAGUUUAUUAUUAUGCUUGUGUGAGUGUGAUUGAUGCUUGGAGCCUUGAUGUAUGCCCAAAUUUGAAAAUUUUGUGGGCUCCAAGCAAUGUUUGCAUGAUCAAAGUGGCCGGUUUGUAGGAGAAUCUCAUGUUUAUUGGCAUUGACCUUGAAUUGUUGCAUGUGAUCGAGUGUGUCCUAUGAUGAUGACUGAGAGGCGCAUUAGGAUAGUGCAAAGGUUUAGUUCUAAUGCAUGCAAAAAAAAAAAAGGAUGUCUUGACUCGAUUACUUGUUGAUUACAAUUGCCAUGCAUUGUGUUUUGUCAUUUGGAAAAGAUGAUUAGGGGACUAGGUACCCAUGUGAGUUUGAGCCGAUCAUUUUUUUCUUGUGUGCUUAGAUCCCUCUUAUCAUGGCAAGUAACAUCACAGUUGUCACUAGUGAGUAUGAUGGAGGCAUAGGAUUAGUCCACGCCCAAAUGCUGAUUGUCCCGAAAUGCUUUAUCCCCUAGUCAACCCCUUUGAGCCUUGUGACUUUGGGGGUCGUUCUCUUGUAGGAGCUUUUUGCUUGUGACCUUAAUGGUGUUUGAUAGAACGACCUCCCAUCCUUUCUUCGUGUCUAUACGUGGCUCGUCCUUGUGUCCCAGAGCUCUCGCUUUUGAGUUCCAUAGAGGUUCUACAUAGGAGGAUUGUGUGCGGUUCUUGCUAAGAAUGAAAGAGAAAAGAGUAGUGUUGGAGUAAGUUCUUAAAAGAGAGCAUUGGUUGUUAAAUGUAAUGUGACAAGUGUUUUACUCUCUAGUACCCCCCUCAAAAAUAAAAUAAAAGAUAAAAAAAAGGAAAAGGAAAGUAAGAAAGAAAAGAAUCGAAAAAGAGGUAAUAAAACGGGCUAAUUAAAGUAGAGAGUGCCACAAAAACCAAAGAGUAUGCUCUAUGAGGGGUUUCUUGGAAUUAAAACCAUUGAAACCCCCACAUUUCUGUUGAACUUCUUCACUACCAAUUCUAAAUGUGAUAGCAAGAGUAGACCAAGGAAGAGCGCUUAAAUGUAGUUCAUGAUGGGUGAUAAUAUGGAAAGGAGAAACAAGGUUUUUGGCCGAUGCUAGUGGCCAUUGUUUGUAGGGAAGGUUCUUAGUCAAAACCAUAGAACCUUCGGGUUUAUGGUGAAGAUGUAGGACAUCAUGUUGUGUCUCCCACCACCCAAAAAGCCUUUUCCCCAUGUCCAAGACAAUUUCACGUCAUUUGAACCCGUGUCUAAGACCUCCGGACAAUCUAGUGAUGACAACCGUCUCGUGAACUCUAACAUUUAGAGGUUGCGUCCAGGGGUGGCUAUUUGGACCGUGACCGGAUUAAAAACCGGAAACCGGACCGUAUAACCCGGACCGAGACCGGACCGAGACCGGAUAGUAAACAAUCCAAUCCAAUCUUUGGGCUUAGAUUUGAGGUAAAAAACUGGAUAAAGACCGGAUAAGAGAGCUCAACACCCAAAACUUAAGGGUAAUUUGCAUAAACGGUCACAAACCUUUGCACUUAGUACAAAACUUAACCAACUCCUCACCCUUUAAGGCCUUAGGCCACUCAAAUCCCACAAUUUCAAUGUAAAAUCAAGACCGAAUUGGGAC